AUGGAAAAGGAUUCGCUCGGUGGCAGCAAAUAUUUGCUGCUGAUCAUCGACGAAGCCAGUGGAUGCAUGAAGGGCUUUUGUCUACGAGUGAAGUCCGAGAGUGAAGACUACAUCCGGAAAUAUAUCACCAUGGUACAGACGCAAUUCUGUAAGAAGGUCAAGUUCGUGCGACACGACGGAGCUCGCGAGUUUGCAACCAACUCGCUUCAACUGUUCUACGAAGACGAAGGCAUUGAACAGCAGACAACGGUGCCGUAUGCACAUCAAACAAACGGAACAGCAGAGCGUUCCAUUAGGACUAUUGUCACGAUCGGCCGCAGCAUGCUUCAUCAUGCCAAACUGGACAAGUGUUUCUGGGCCGAAGCAGCGAUGACGGCCAUCUACGUCAAGAAUCGACUGCCGUCACCUAAAGUCGUGCACAAGACCCCGUUUGAGAUCGUCUACAACUUGAAACCAAGCGUCAAGCACAUGCGAACAUUCGGGUGUCAGACAUACAUACUGACGCCUAAAGAGAAGCGACUCAAGUGGGAUCCCAAGGCUCGCGCUGGCAUAUUCGUGGGCUACGAAGAAGUGUCCAAGGCAUAUCGUGUAUUUGACAUCGAGGAGGGGCGGGUUGUUGUCAGUCGGGAUGUUAACUUCGACGAGUCCACCUUUGGACUUCAACUGCCGAUCACUGAUGAAGAUGUCGAUGACCUGGACUUCGAAUUGCUGGAUCUUGAUGACGAAGAGCUGCGUCAAAUGGAGUAUCAGCAAACAGUCAAGCGCAAGAACCGACUCAAUGAUGAAGAUACAGCAGCUCCACGACCGCGUGCAGUGCGUCAACGACCAGGACUAGAAGAGUCAAGCGCGCCGGAAAACAACUCGUCACGCGAAGAAGAAGACGAAGAAACGAAGGAUUCUGGUGAUUCAACACCGCCUGUGUUUUGCGUGCGAGUGCAAAUGCUGUUGAAGCAGCAGUGGAGUUGUCGGAACCGUCGACAUUUGAAGCAGCAGUAA